AUGUCGACCCGCUCACAUCAAGGUUGCUGGACAUGCAAGCGACGUCGUCGUCGCUGCGAUAACCACCGACCCAAAUGUCAAAAUUGCGCCCAGCGUGGAAUAGAGUGUGAAGGAUAUGAGGUCCGAUUACGGUGGGGUAGUGGCAUUGCGUCGCGUGGGCAAUUCACCGGUGCAGAUAAGCCGCUGAAGGAGAAUGUGCCGGCAAGAACAAAGGGUCGACUAAGGGAUCUGAACAGGGAAAGGAAGAAGGUAGAGGCAUCAGCAUCCAGCGAUGCCAUUAGCCCUCAGGACCCACGCUUUGAGGACUACGAAUCGCCCGAACAAAAUUAUACGAUGGAUUAUGGGUCUGAGCCGUCUCCUACUGACUCGGAGAAAUUGAGCCAGGAUCAAGCCUUGUUUAAUGAAUUCAUCAAUGGGGGCAUUAAUGUACUUCAUUCUACCACAGCUCGAGAUAGCAUGCUACAACCACGACUACCUCAAUUGUGUCAAGAAUCCAGUGCAUUAUAUACAAUUUGUCUUGCAUUUCAACUUUCACUGUCGAGUACUCAUUCUCCCAGGUUCCUCGAGUACUUUGAUGCAGCGCUUCGAGAAUUCCGAUCCGAACUAGCCCAAAGCACUAUUCUCUCGGAUGGAACACUGACAGCUGGCUUGCUGCUGUGUAGCAUUGGCCUGAUGCAUGGUUUGCCAUGGACAGUGCACCUGGAAGGUAUGCACAAUAUCCUCCAAUGCCAUGGCCUUGCGGAUAGACAUCGCACAGCCACGCAAACUACCUUCCGUACCCAUCUACUCGAGGUCAUGGGAGUCAUGGACCUGCAAUGCUUUUCUGUUGGUCGUCAAACAUCCUGUAUUGGAAUCUGGCAUCGUUACUGCCAGCCCACUUCCCCGAGAGAAGGAGUUGAGCCUGUCAGUGGGCUACCAAGGACUUUACUUGACCUCUUUGCUGGGAUAGGAAUUGAUACCACAGAGCAAAGCUUCUGGGACUGGCCAGGAGAAGUGGGCAGUUUUCUGCAAUGUUAUCUAUGGGAAGCACAUAGAUUAGCCGGAAUUUUGACACUUCGUCGUCAUGCACGAUCCGAAGAGCAGAAUUCUCGCAACAUGCGAAAUGUCUCAAAUUGGAGACAGCCAGGUGCAUGUCCAGCAGACGCUUCAGUUCUUGUCGCUCGAAUACUGGCAAAUCUGGAUGCACUCCGUCUUGCUUGCGCUGAGCGCCCUAAAGAAGAUACUUUCAUUAAGAAUGCAGUCCUCUUCCCAGUUGUCGUUGCUGGAUUGGAGGUUUCAGUAAUAUGUCAGAAUUCACAGUGGCAGGAAACAAUUCGCAAGUGUACUCUUGGCUCGCGACAAGAUGAGAUUCUUCUUGAUCUUUUGGAAGAAAUGUGGCGCAAGAAUGAUCCUAUUCUCAGUGUCGAUAAUUUGGCAAGGGCAAGGGGAGUGGAAAUGGGCUUGUUAUAA